CCUUCUCAUUCGUUCUCUUUCCAACUGCAGGUUCUGAUUUCGAAGUUCAGCCUCAGCAUUACUCGCAACGAUAUUCGCACUCUGUCUGGUAGUUCCUGGCUGAACGACGAAGUUAUCAACUUCUAUAUGAAUCUAUUGACCGAUCGAUCCCAGCGCAGUGAGGGCAAACUGCCCAGCGUGUAUGCCAUGAAUACGUUCUUUAUACCGCGCCUCUUGCAGGGCGGCUACGGCAACGUGAAGCGCUGGACUCGCAAGGUUGAUAUAUUCAGCAAGGAUAUUAUUCCGGUGCCGGUGCAUGUCAGCAACGUCCAUUGGUGCAUGGCCAUUAUUCAUAUGAGAAAUAAGACCAUACGCUAUUAUGAUUCUAUGGGUAAACCAAAUACGGAGGUGUUGAACGCCCUCGAGAACUACUUGUUGGAGGAGUCGCUGGACAAGCGCAAGAAGCCGUUCGACACGAGCGACUUUAUUAUUGAAAAUGUCCAAAAUGUGCCCCAUCAGACCAAUGACAGUGACUGCGGUGUCUUUAGCUGUAUGUUCGCCGAGUAUAUAACACGCAACAAAUCGCUGACCUUCUCUCAGGAGCAUAUGGAGUACUUCCGCAAGAAGAUGGCCCUCGAGAUUUGUGGCGGAGAGCUCUGGAAUUAGGGAGCACCACAUGCCCAUCAAGUAAUAUACAGCAUUAUCAUUACUUAAGAAUUACAUCAAAUCCUUUA